CUUUCUUUAAAUUAGGGUUUGUUGGUAAAAGUUUAGGUUUUUAAUUUGAAAGGAAUCGAUCCGCGAUGGCUUCUGAAAAGGGCGAUAUUGCAGCUGAAGGAUCACCUUUCAAGAAACAAAAGGGGCUUGAGGAGGGCCUUGAGGUGGGUGGUGAUGCUGCUGGUGCUGCCGCUGCCGUUGAUGAUGAUUCUGACGACGGAUCAUGGGAUGAAUUUGAAUAUAAAAAGGAUUCUGAUGAAGGCAGUAGCGACGGCUAUGAGUUUAAGGACGACGAAGAUAGGAAAAAUUACAAAGCAUACACACGCCAAUUCGAUGAAUCCGAUGGUUUUGACGUCACCACCUUCCCCUCGUUUGGAUUUUACGGCAAGGUAUUACCUCUAGAUCUUGAUCAUCCCAGAGAUUACCGUCUCCCUGGCUGCAUCAAGGCCCUCGAGCUGGCCAUUAACCAACACAAUCAGCAAGAGAAUGCGGAUUUGGAACUUGUGAAAAUUCUGAAGUCGAAUACUUGUUGCUGUACUAUUUAUCGCACGACCUUUCUGGCGAGAAGUAAGUCUAACAUAGAAGAUGUGAGAACUUAUCAGUCUGAGAUGUUUUACAAUCAUGUCUCCGGCGAUAAUAAUUCUUUUAUUUUUCGAGAGAAAAAAGGUAACUAGUUUGUCUCUUCCAACUCAAUUUUAGCUUCAAUUACUCCUACUUCUGUUCAGCUGCUUGUCCAUUUUAUAAAAUACAAUUCUUGAUAACAAUGUCUACAUAUUUUCUUUUA